AGAGGGAAGGAGUUUGGUUGCGGCGCGCAGCAGAAUCCCUCUCGGAUUGUGUGGGGGAUCUUUCUGCUUUAACCCCCCCCCCACCCACACCCCCCACCUACCCCCCCCACACAGGAGGCUCAUCUGCAUAUUUUGGGAAGUUUUUAUUCACCCUCCCCAGGAAGGGGAAGAACAAGAAGGAGGAGGGUAUAUUUAUUCUCCCCCCCCCCGUGGAGUUUGUACAUGAGGGAGGGGAGAGGGGAAAAAAAGAGUCGUCACGGCGGAGGCGGCGGCAGCAGCGGCGGCAGCAGCAUGGACAGAGCGAGGGAAUAAAGUGUAUUGAAGAUGUCCAAGAGACCUCCCAGUAGGCGGGGUAUUACAUUUGAAGUGGGCGCUCGCCUCGAAGCACGAGAUCGACUGAAGAAAUGGUACACGGCGCACAUAGAGAAGAUCGAUUAUGAGGAGGGCAAGGUGUUGAUUCACUUCAAGCGCUGGAACCAUCGAUAUGAUGAGUGGUUCAGCUGGGAUAGUGUGUACCUGCGACCUUUGGAGAGGCCUCUCCUGCGGAAGGAGGGGGCAAAACUGGACGAACCAACUGUGGAGUUCCGCCCCAGUGAGCAGGUGUUGGCUUGUUGGUCAGAUUGCCGGUUUUAUCCAGCCAAGGUCAUUUCCGUCAACAAGGAUGCUUCUUACACAGUGGAGUUCUACGAUGGCGUUGUUCAAACGGUGAAGAAAAUCCACGUCAAAUCAGUUCCUAAAUCCUCCAGGGAGAAGAAUGCAGCGAGUGGGCAGAACAAGGAGAACGGCUCAGGCAGUGCUCGGCGAAGGGAGAGGUUCAGAGAGAAGAGCUCCCAGUCCCUCGUCAGUCAACAGGUCGGCGAGAGCAAGCCGGCAGAGAAGGAGGGAGAAGAGGGAGAGGUGAAGCCUGCCCGCGGGGAGCCGGAGUCGGGACAGCACGCGGCGCCCCAGGAGCCGGCUCCGGCGGCAGAGACGAAGAGCUCGCCACCAUCUUCGCCGGCGGGAAGCCCGCCCCCCGCCUCGCAGCCUAGCAAGCCAGAGGAGAAGCGGAAACGCGGGAGACCACCUUCCGUGGGGCUCACAGGUAGCCAUUCUAAAGGGGCAGCAUCCCAGGCACGACGGCUACUGCCAUCGCGGCAAGGAGGCUCCGGAACGGGGAAGAGGAAGUCUGCCUCGGCUGCCUCAAUCCUCUCCAAGCAGAUGAAGCUCAGCAAAGUCUCGGACCAGGGUCAGACUGCAGACAGCCUGGGGCAGAACAGGAGGCGGUCCUUGCGUCUUGCUUCUGGUGACAGCAACUCGUCAGCCGCCAGCGCUCCGGGUGAUGGAGCGGAUCCUCGGAGCCGGGCGAAGGAGCCGGAGAAAGCUGAGGAAGCAGCAUCUGAACCCCCCGCCCAGGCACAGCAAGCUCCCACCAACCAAUCCCGGGGUUCCUCUGACGCUCUGUGCAGCACUUCAGCGCCUGAGGUUGUUAGCAGUUCCGAGCACCAGGAGGCAGUGAAGGUCGAAUCCCCCGAGCCGAGUGCUGAGCCAAGAGAGCCUCCCACUGAAGCUGCUCCUGUUGUGAAGCGUGUGCCUCGAUCCCAGAACCCAAACAGAUACAGUAGGGAACCCUUAACCAACACUGCCCAGAGCCCCGAGGAACAGCUGCCACCCAAGGCGCUGAUCAUUGACCUAGAUCACAACAAGUUUAAGUGCAAGAUUGCUGAGUGCUCAAAGGCGUUCCGCAAAGCCAAGAUGCUGCACUACCACAUGAAGUACUACCACGGCAUUGAGAAGCCAGAAUCGGAGCAGGGCUCCCCCAAGAGAAGCAUGCAGACCCGAGGCUCCUGUGCUUCGGAAACCGAAUCGCUCCUGGACAGUCCGAAGAGACGCCGCACCACUUCGGGUUCCUUGCACGGGACCCAGAACGUGUCCCAGCGAGACACCCAGUCUUCCAGCGUUGACCUGAAAGCUGCAAAGCUGAAUGAGAAAAGGCGCAUUUCGGCCCCAUCCUCUCUUGACGUGGCUGCUCAGACCAGGCUCCGGGAGAAGAGCAAGGACAACCAGAUGGAGAGGUCUCACAGGAAGCUGCAAGAUCGGGACAGGGGCUACAUGGACAGUGGACUGAAAGACAGGAGCAAGGAGAAAAAGUUACGAGAUUUCCUGAAGGUGAAACUGAAGAAAAAGAAAAAAAAGAAAAAAAAAGUGAAGUCUGAGUUUUCUGACAGUGAAGAGAACGUAGAUGUCUCCAGAGAUUACCCACCUAAAAAGUCCACAUUCCUUUCAACCAGAUCUUCCUCCUCUUACAAAUUUCCCUUCUCCCAUAAAUACACAUCCUUAUGCAGUUCUGACUCGGGAUACCACAUGGAAGGACUGAAAUUUGACGAUGUUUCAGAUGACGACCCCACAAGUGAUUCGUCGACGGACAGUCUGCUCUGGAGCGAUGACGAGUACAGUCAGGAUGUGGAUGUGACCACGAACCCUGAUGACACUGGUGACGGGGAUGAUAGCCAUUUGGAGAUCGUGCGCUGCGUCUGUGAGGUGGAGGAGGAGAACGAGUUCAUGAUUCAGUGUGAGGAGUGUCUGUGCUGGCAGCAUGGUGUCUGCAUGGGUUUGCUGGAGGACAGCGUUCCCGAGAUCUACACUUGCUACAUGUGCCGUGACCCGCCAGAACACCGUUUGAGUUCCAGAUACUGGUAUGACAAGGAGUGGCUAACCAGUGGCCACAUGCAUGGCCUGACCUUUCUCAAAGAGAAUUAUUCCCACCAGAACAGCGGCAAGAUAGUUUCGACGCACCAGCUGCUGGGAGAUGUGCACAGGGUCAUCGAGCUACUACAUGGCCUGCAACUGAAGAUAUACAUCCUACAGAAUAAAGAUCAACCAGACCUGAAGCUCUGGUCCAAGCCCUGGCGGGUUUCUCCCUCCACCAUCGAAAAGCUGCGGGAGAGGCACAUCACGCCCAGCGAGGACAGCAACAGCGGUCUGAGCACCAGUGCAAGCACGCAGGGCAGGACGCCCAACGGCACAGCCGAGAGGCAGAGCCGCAUCCCUGUCAUCGAGGAGUCCUACAUUACCAGCGAGCACUGCUACCAGAAGCCUCGUGCCUACUACCCUGCAGCGGAGCAGAGGCUCGUGGUGGAGACCAGGAACUCCUCCCUGGACGAAGGCUUCGGCCGGAUGCGGGAGAAUGGUGACGAAACGCUGGCCGAGAGGUUCGGGAGAAACGUCGAUGAAGAUUCAGGGCGCCCUGACUUCGAUCUUCAUCAAGAGCAAGACAGCCUCUGUAAGGUCCACGGCAGUGGCUCAGCAGCCGAAGCACAGGACAAGAAGGAGAACCGUGGGCCGAAGGAGACCGAGGAAGGGGGAGCCGGCGACCCCCAGCUGCAGUGGCAGGUCAACCUGCUGGCGCACGUCGAGUCGUUGCAGGACGAAGUCUGCCACCGGAUGGACUUCAUCGAGAGGGAGCUGGACGUUUUGGAAAGCUGGCUGGACUACUCUGGUGAGCUGGAACCCCCUGAUCCUUUGGCGCGUCUGCCUCAGCUCAAGAACCGGAUGAAACAGCUCCUUGCGGACUUGGGCAAGGUGCAGCAGAUCGCUUCCUGCUGUCCUGUGUGAGCGAUGCUUCCUGACACUCGCGGAUGGACCCCCUACCACAGAUUGGGGGAGAGGGGGGUCAUUCAACCCCGUGCAAGCCAGGACUGCUGGCCCUGAACACGUGCGCGCACGGCACUGGACAGAAGCUGUUUGGGUCUAAUGCCGAUUUGAAUCUGGACACGAGUUCACAUUUUUAUUCGUUUUUGUCUACGUUUUUUUGUCGGUUCUUGGAACUUUUUGAAUGUUCGUGGUAUUCCCAGGCAUUAAUGGAAGGAAGAGGGGGUGCGGGAGGGCCCUCAGUCGCAACUGUGGCCCUUGGCCGCGGGGAAGGAGAUGGUCUCUGAGCCGUUUGUCAGCUCCCUGCUUGCCCUGCGUUGCUUGGACCUAGCCGCGUUCGAACUCGUGAGAGUGCGUGACCGUCCCGAGAGGGUUGGAGGAGGCUGGAAAAGCGCUGUAAAGAAUUUAGUACUUUCUUAAAUCCCCCGUGUCAUUCUCUGUCAGCGUUUUUAUUUUGUACUUGUGUAUGGGCAAGGCAGUGUGGGUGUGAUGGUGUCAGGCAACACCGUCUAGCAGCAGCGAAUGGAGGGAGAGGAGAAGAAGGAGCAGUGAGCAGAGGAAUGACAGGACCAUUGCGGAGGAGCUAGGGCUGGUAACUUAGGGUCUGCUGGUGCACGUGGGGUUAAGUAAUGCAGUCCUGAAAUGGUUAAUUCUGCAUGGCUCACGUCGCAGACCCUCGGCCAUUUCUUGAGCCAUUACGUCACUUCGCGAGUGUUGAAGGCAGACAGCAAGCGGCUGGGCUCGUUGCCCCAGCCUGCUGCUGCCUGCCAACGUCGUCCCUCGGCAACCGGCCUGUCGACUGUGUGCGUAACUAGGCAGCCGGUGCCGCUGGGGUGGAAUUCCUCCAGUGAAUGUCAGGGGGGUGGGGAUGCCGCAGGUGCAUUGCCGGUCACUCCACAUCUGGGAGCACAGCUGCUGGCACAUCAGCCCUUCGAUUCAUGGCUGCCCACAUCUCAACUCCGCCCACCUCCCUGGCUUCCAUAUAACACCCCUGUCCAACAAAAAAUAGUUCUGGUCUCUCCACGCUGAAAUCUUCAAACCAUAAAGUGAACGUCUUCCGCUACACAUCAAUCUGCCCCUCCUCCUUGCAGAUAUCCAUGGAUGUGUAUGGAUUGUCAGUGGUCUAUUAAGAGGCCUGACAUGUUUUGCCUGUUCUUUCAGCUGUUUGGUGCCCAGUAAAUCAUUGAAGGCCUGUAAUACUAAGAGGAAAGCAACAUCACACUCCUGGUCUCAGCCCUCCUGAUCACCCUGCAACUUCCCCCAUGCUCCCCACACUUCAUUCCAACUGCCCAGUGGCACCUGUCAGCAGUCCAACACCAGAAUGGUUGUGCAAAGUGAAAAGAGGGUCUACACUUCCAACAAAAAAAUCAAAAACAACUCCUUUGUCCAAUAUAAUAAAAUUAAGGCAUUGUUUUGGACAAAAGUUUCUCUGUCCCUUCUGGACCUUCCUUCUCUAAAAUUAUUUUAAAAAAAAGUUAAAUGUUGGAAUUACUAAUACUUUUGGAAUGGUCUUUUAAAAAGGAACACAACACAGAACCAAUCUGGGAUCAGAGGUAAGGAGCACAGUUCCAUUUGCUGUCUUUAUAGCGAUGGUCAAGCUACUUACCUGCUGUUGGUUUGAGACUCUUGAGCUGCAGUCACUGAUGCAGCCAAAUGUGACGUAAAAUUAUCAGUCUCUCUCUGCUGCUGUUGACGUCCUCUGUAGAACUUCAGACACUGGCCUGGUGCAGACUCUGCCCCUGGACUGGCCCCAGUCGGGCUGUCCUCGCUCCAGAGGAUUUGCAUUUCAUCUCCGCAGGGCAUUAAGGCUUCCCGAGUUCUCCGGCGACUCCUGCUGUGUGAGCCUGUGGGUUGGGAAGGCGUGGAAGGGAAUGGAGGAUGUGGGAGGGAGAGCCAAUUUCUUCAUGCGGUCUUUUUCCAGGUUUUGGUUCUGGAUGUUGCAUUAUCCUCUUGUAACCUUGUCGGCAAAGGAGGGUUAUAGUUAGAGUACACCUGAAACAUUAACCAGACACUCAGUGGGGAAAGUGAUAGGUGGGAGGAACACUGCUUCUGCAGAGGCUGUGGGAAUAUCUGGGUAGGACGCAAGUUUGUUAGACAGUCACUGAUGUAUAGGAUCAUUCCAGUCCUUGGGCAGUUUUCAAAGAGCUUUUUUUUUAUUGCAAAGCCCUUGAUAUCCACUUAAAUUUAUUAAUUUUCAGUCACGUGUGUUUACAGUUUGGGAAGUUAAAUGGAGACACCAGAGACUGCGGAUGCUGGGAUCUGGAGCAGCGUGCAAUAUGCUGGAGGAACUCGGUGAGUGGAGCAGCGCCUGUGGGAGGAAAGGAAUUGUCGACGUUUCGGGGUCAAAGCCCUGCAUCAGGACCGGCAACGUUAACAAUUCCUCUCCUCCCACAGGUGCUGCUUGACCCGCUGAGUCCCUCCAGCAGAUUGUUUGUUGCUCCAGGAAGUUAACCCUAUGUUGUGCUCUGUGAUAUAUGGGAACUUGGUUCUUCUUGAAUUCUUUAGCGGGGAUGAGGGCGUCACCAGCAAAGCCAGAAUUUAAUACCAUCCUCGAUCGCCCUUGUAAAAGUCAUAAUUCGGUGCCCCCUUGAACCACCAGAGCCCUUGUGAUGAAGGUUUGCUCAUGGUGCUGAAGGAAAGGAGUUCUAAGGCUUCAGUGGACCCAUGAUAAAGGAACAGUUUAUUUUGCCAAGUCGGCUGGCUGUGUGAUUCACAAGACAAACUACAGGUUGGCUCAUUUCUGGCCUGUCUGCUGCACUUUCCCUCCUGAGUGUAGUACAAGGUAAAGUUUCUUGUAGUUUGCACCAUUUGUAUUCCACUUCACUACCUAGGGAUUUGCACCGAAACUUUGUUAGCCACAUCGCCGUGAAAUUCUCACCCGCGUUUGUAAAUGUGGCACAGCCAGGGUUUUAGCUUCCCGUGUACACUGGGAUCUGUGCACAAAGGUAUAGGGUGGCUGCUUCUGUGCUAGCCAUGAUGGUACCUCCAGGGCUACUGCACCGCAAAAAAUAAACCCAAAUAUGUAACCUAAACAAGGUAAAAGUUAAGAGUCCAUAAAAAAAAUCUAAAAAUAUUGACGGUACCUUGCAAUGCAGCAAAUGUAGUCCAUGAGAUAAAAGUCUUGUAAUUCUUGAUGUGUAAAAAAAUCCAGGAGUUCAGAGUUCUUUGUGAAUCACGUUCCCUUGGCACCGAUGAUAAAACCAAAAAAGACAACCGUGGUAACUUCUAAAUUGUCCUUGACAAUGGACUCCAGAUGACGAUAUUUAUUGGAUUUCUCGAUAAGAGCAGAGCCAAUGGACCCGGAGUUGUUUUCAAGGCGGAUUGAAACGUCCACAACUGCUGCUUUUGCACCUUUGACGAAAGCAGCAUCAGGGACCCAGGUGUGUCCAACUUGAUCUAAAAAUCUCUUCUUUAAAGACAGUAAAACCUGCCGCGGAACCUCCACAACAUAGUGUCUAAAACCUUACUAUGUUGAUGUAUCCGAGGCAGUUUAACAGCUUAGGUACAUCCCAGAAACGUGCCUCACAUUCUCAUUAGCCAACCCACCUCUCUGACAAACUUUAUUCAUACUAUAUCUGGCCUUCACCAGUGUACUCCUUACAGGAUGUGGGUUUGACCGCAGGAGCAGGGCUGUGAUAUGCUCUGACUGUAAAACCCCUUAUCCAGCUAUGGGAUUGAGGUUCAUUCCUAUAAUGACCCAGCCUGCUCCAGUGCUCGAACUCAAUAUCCCUCCAGUUGUUCUACCUACACCGACCUCAACCCUGCUGCCUUCGCCCCUAACAAUGUCAUCUAAAAAGCUCGUGGUGUUGAGACAAUUGAGUUUCUUAUAUUUAUGUGUAACCUCAUCCAUGUCGAUAUCCACAAACUGGAAACUCAGACCUACCACACUGUCAGCUAAUUUUUUUUUAAAUUGAUGUAUUUCCUAAUAAUAGGGGGAUCUGAGUUUCCAGUUUGGGGACUGAUAGACCACUGUCCCUAAUUCUAGAGUAAGGCACAAGAACAUAAGAAAUAGGAGCAGGAGUCGGCCAUCUGGCCUGUCGAGCCUGUUCCACCAUUCAAGAUCAUGGCUGAUCUGGCCAUGGACUUAGAUCCACCUACCUGCCUUUUCCCCAUAACCCUUAAUUCCCCUACAGUGCAAAAAUCUGUCUUAAAUUUAUUUAACGAGGUAGCCUCUACUGCUUCCCUAGGCAGAGAACAAUCCAUUGUUCACGCUCUUGGGGAGGUGUAGGUAGUCUUCAAUGAAGCCUCUGAACAUUUUGUCAAGCUUGACUAAAAUGUUUUGUGAGGCUUUAUUUAAAAUCGGAGUAGUAAAAUCGAGGGAUGACAUAGGUUCCACUUUCUGGGUAGGCUUUAAGACUUGCCCUAAAAAGAUUUUUUACCCCACCCCUUGAGUUUACCACUCCACUCGUUACUAGAACUAACAUCGAUGGGUCGAUCCUCACACCAAGGGACAUUUCCCAUUUCCCAGGGUUAAUAAAACUUAUCUUCCCUUUGUUAAACAGCCAGUUAUUGAUAGAGUUAAAAACAAAGGUUCUGUUUUUAAAAGUCAUAAAAAAUCUGGCAGUCUUGUUGAGAUUCGUCUCAAGGCCAGUCUUUACAAAAAUUCUCUAGAACCUUGAGGUUUUUAGACAUGCCCUUGUGAGAGUCACUCACAAAAGCCACAUCACGGUCAAAAGCCAGGACAGUACAGAAAGUAUUUUCUACACCAAGAUGGAACCCGGACCCAUCCCUGUCUAAUGAGCAUAAAAGGAUGUUCAUAACGUGUCCUUAACUUCCAUUCACACAUUGUGUUAACUGGACCCACCAGUGCACUCAUUCUCUGGAAGUUUGUCCAUCUUUCAUUCAUGAAGGAAAUGUGUGCCUGGUGUCGGAGAGGCUGCUGGGUUCUGCAGAUCAGAGUUUGCCCGUUUGAAUUCUGCUGCACUUCAUCCUGUAGUUGUACGGAUCCCAACAGUGGGUGGUCAGGAAGUUCCCUGGCACCCAUAUCUACUGUGAUCCAAAAACAAAGUGCUCAGCAGGCCAGGUCACAUCUGUGGGAAGAGAAACAGAGUCAGUGUGCCCCUUAGGAUUGAAUGGGAGAUAAAAGAAGCUUGUUAGACGGGGGUCGAGGAGGGAGGGAUGUCUCUGGUAGGACAAAACCAGGGUGACCAUGGGGAUAAGCUGUGAACAAGGUUAUCUGGCCAGUGAGUGAAUGGGAGUAGUUAUAGAGUGAGAACAUUGACAAAAGAAUGUAGCAGUUGAGAAAUGCAGAGCUGGCAGACAUGCCUGGCAGGUCAGGCUGGGUGUGUCGUCCAGUCUCAGAGAGGGGGAAAAAUACCAGAGCUAAUAUCACGGAUGGAUGACUGAUACAGAGUUGUAGAAUUCAAUUUAGGGCACAUAAGGCUGCAGUGUGCCCAGGUGAAAGAUGAGGUGCCGUUCCUCGAGCUUGUGUUGAGCCUCAUUGUAUUGGUACAGGAGGUCACAGACCAACAGAUCAGAGUGGGAAUGAGACAGAGAAUUAAGGUGGCAGGGAAAGGGCAAGCUCGGAGUCGCCCCUGUGGACUGAAGUACGUGCUCCGCCAAACGAGCACCCAAUCAGCGCCAGCGACCCGGGUUCAAUUCCCGCCACUGUCUGUAAGGAGUUUGUAUGUUCUCCCUGUGUCUGCGUGGGUUUCCUCCGGGUGCUCCAGUUUCCUCCCACAUCCCAAAGAUGUACGGGUUAGGAAGUUGUGGGCAUGCUGUGGUGGCGACACUUGCGGGCUGCCCCCAGAACACUCUACGCAAAAGAUGCAUUUCACUGUGUGUUUUGAUGUACACAUGACUAAUAAAGAUAUCUGCACUUGGUUUCUCCAAUACAGAGUUGACCACAUCUCUAACUGCUCCCAUUCACUCAUUGACUGGAUAUCGUUGUUUACAGCCUCUCCCCAUGCUUUACCCUAUCAGAGACAUCUCUCUUUCCGCACCCUCCCUGCAGCUUCUUUUGCCUUUUCCACUUCUGACGAAGAGUCUCAGAUCUGAAACGUUGACUCUGUUUCUCCCCCCACAGCUGCAGCCUGACCUGCUGAGUAUUUCCAGCAUCAUUUUGUUUGAGCUUUCCAGCACCUGCAGUUUUUUUAAAAUUUUCACUUCUUCGUACCGUGAACACAGGGCCAGUAUUUUGAUUAAGGAGGUAAUUUGAUAUUUAAAAUUUUGUGCUUGGAAUAGAAAAGGGCGGUGCAGGUUGUCUGGGUGAUAAAAGGCUUCCAGCUCGUGGACGUCGAGGAACUCCAUAACACACUUGUUUUCUGGGAGCCUCGUCCCUUUAGCACCUAAGAAGCCACUGUGGCAACUGUACGUGCGUCUUUGACGGCCGUCUCAAGGUGUUUAUUUGCUAGAUUUUUCCAAAUAUGCAGUGCUAAGAGAAUCUGAAUUGUCUUCAACCAGAUAGAUACGUUGGCUACGGCAGCACAGUCUUUGAUGAAGAUCAAAUCCAGUACCCAGGCACGCCCUGUAGACUCUAGAAACAGUGACAUUUUUUCCUCCUAUGGCUCCAAUCCCAAGUUAUUUAUUGGAUUCAGUUGCACAACUUGCUCUGGUGAGACUUGACCUUUGGCUUGCUUAUCUUAUAAGGACAUAGAAUAAAGCCAUUUGGCCCAUUGGGUCCAUGCUGACUCCUGGGGAGCAACCCCAUUAGUUCUGUUCCCCUCUACUAUUGUAUCCCUGCAACUCACUCUUACACAUGGCCUGUCAACUCCCCCUUGAUUCCUUUUGGCCAUUAGCCUGCACUAAGGGGUGGUUUACAGCGACCAAUUAACCCACCAGCACUUCUUUCAGAGGUGGGAGGAAGCCCAAGCCAUCAUGGAGAACAUGCAGACUCCACACAGGCAGCACCUGAGGUCAGAAUCGAACCUUAACUGCUGCAUCUCAAUGCCACUUGUCUCGCGUCUGAACCAAUUCAUUGUAUUGCCACCUGCAAUGGUCUUGAAACUGAUGAUAUCACCUUAAGCAUUUAUACCCUAAACCUAAGGCUUAGGGCAAUUUUUAUUAUGGGAUAUAAGUGACUUAAGUUGUGAACUGAAUACUUAACUGUUACCUGACACCAGACAAGCAUUUUAUUUAAAAUUUCUUCAUCCAUUAUGGAUAUUUUUUUAAAAGAAAAUACUGCAGAGUUUGCAUCGUGUACAUUGAGCAGCCACUACAGGAAAAGCCAGCUGCAAAGUUGCUGUGCGCUGACCCUAACAGUAUUUGACCUUGGGAAUGACAUGGCAUUGCAAAAGCUCUUCAGUGGUGAAAUGAUGAGAGUUUUGUCAUGGUCUGUUUCGAGUAUUAUUUUGUGAUGUUGAAGACAAAUUGUCCCAGAGUAUUUUAACGUUGCUUAAAGUCAUCUCCAACUAAUAGGAAUUAAAGUUGUGAAUAUCAUUCAGAAUAUUUUUUUUAAACGUUUCUUAACACGUUUCAGUGUGGUAUUGUCUAACCCUGAUGGGUCAGGGAGCUAUGUCACUUUCUACUUUUGUUCUGUGCUCAGUGUCCCUUUUGAACAUAGCAAACUGAAAGGUGUUAGGUGUGUUGUUGGACACAGAAGGUUAUAAUGAAUUGAUGGGGUCGGGGUGAUCUUGUGGUGUUGUCAGGAGCUGCAGUCUGUUUUUGUCUUCAUAAGUGGAAGGAAUGUGAUGGGAGGGAAUUUCCAUUAGGUAUGUGCUGUAAUUCGAAGUGAGUUGGGGGUCGGCGAGAAAAUACUGCACAAGUUCUGGAACUACAUUUGGGUGGCACCUGUGCCGUUUCUGGUACAAAAUGAGCCCUGAGGUCAUGGGUUAUCUAUUUUAGUCACCAUCACUGGGCUGAGGGCACUGAUAUUUCAGGUAGGUCUGUCUUCCCUUUCUAAUGUGGAUGAGGUUAUGUGCAUCGCCUUUGUGUACUGGUCCAUACCCACUGGAAGAAAGCAUGUUCCGUUAACUCUGUCCCUGCAGCCUUCAGCGUGAGCCAGACACUCUUUGAAUUAACUUGGUUAAAUGCGUCUGUGUAAUGUCGAAGUGGUAGUGUGUCAGUGUCCUGGCAUUGAAAGGAUCUCAUUUUAGCGUGUUUAGGUGAGGAGCUUUCAGUGGUGGAAGACAUUUAGUGCAGAGUUAACAGCUGAGAAUUAACAGCCCAAGUCUGGGAUGGCAAAGGUUUGACAGGAAUAUUAUACUAAUGGUCAAAUUAAUGAACUCUUGACUGAGGAGCCAUUUUAAAAAGGCGCAAAGCAAUGGCCUGCAUCAUCAACUGGUCUGGAAUAUUUCUUAUAUCCCAUGUCCAACGAUAUGAAACAAAAAUCCAGUAAGCUUUUGGAUUAUGUUGGUGAGGUAUGAAGCUGUGCAAACCUGAACUAAGUGGACCCUGUGUAAUGAUGAGAUUUGCAAUUUUGUAACCAGUUCCGGCAUUGGCAAUGUGCUCGGAUGUAAAAGGCUCGUUCCGUGGCAUCGAGGAGCAGUCUACCUGCACGCUUAAUGCUGUUUGGUGCGUCAGCUGAUCAUCUCCCGUCACUGAGUCUUGCAGCCUUGUACGGCAUCAUUAAGUGUGUUGUGGGUGGAUAGUAAGAGGCGUACAGAAUAACUCCUGAUGAGGCACACAAUCUCAGUCAUUGGAGAGACUGUAAUUACACAGAGCCUGUAGGGGUGGGGUAGGGUGAGGGGACCUUUGGCCAAAGCUUUCUAUCCAAUAGAUAUCUGUAGAAAACAUGUAAGAUCCAUGUUGGAUUUGGUAACUCUCACAGCCAGCAACACUAGAUUGCCUACAUUUUGGUUUCCCAGUCUAUUUUAGUCAAUGUCCUUAAAGACUCGAGGAACAGAUUCUGUGUGACUUUCUCUUGAGGACUGCAGAUACCUGUUUAUCUCUGGGGAAGUUUCCUCUUGAACCCCUCACCCCCCCCCCCCACCCCCACCAGCAUCACCAUUGGUCUCACUCCUGGGAGAUAUUUUUACAAGCUUCCUCAGACCAACAUCUGUGUUUAAAACUUGAGAGAAGUCCAAGAGACACUUGCAUGAAGGAUAACUCUUGUUAACUUUUUGGGUCUGGGUACCAAUAUGAAUUAAAUGGAAGCUCCCUUAUUAAAGAAUCAACACUGCUCAUCAUUUAAAAGCAUCUCUUGCAAUAAUGCCUUUCGAAAACCUGGAUUUUGUUUUUGCACAGCAGAGUUUUAAUUUGUGGAACCUACUUGGAUUGUGUUUUCUACUAAUCUUUGUUGCUGGGAUCAUUCUGUGUGAAGAAACUGUUGCAAGUCACUAAAGAAUUGUUUAAUUUACAAAAGCCACAACCAUGGGUGGGAGGCAGGGGAGGGGUAAUAAGGACUCUGAAGCAGAUUGCACCAAGGGUAAAGAAUGGCUUAUGUUUACAUUGACUAUGCACUAAAUGGGGGAGGGGAGGCUGUGUGGACCUGCACUUGUACAUACUGAUUAUCUCUGUGGUCAGUGAUGUUUAUCAGAAACUGCAAGUUCCUAUUCCUCAGUGUUUGAAUAAUAAAAGAUUUUUUCUUUGUUCUUAAA